GCAGAGGGAAAUAUGGCGGAUGGUGAGGAACCGUAAGUGCCCUGGAGAAGAAAAGAAGGAGGCUAGAGGAGCUGCUGGCGGAUGGGUUAGUGCGGGGCUGCGGGCGCGGGGGCUCCCGGCCCGGGGCAGGCAGCGGCAGGCAGGGCAGCCCAGGGCGGCCGAAUGGCUGUUGAUGGUGGGUGUGGGGACACUGGAGACUGGGAAGGUCGCUGGAACCAUGUAAAGAAGUUCCUCGAGCGAUCUGGACCAUUCACACAUCCUGAUUUCGAGCCAGGCACUCAAGCUCUUGAGUUUUUGUUAAACACAUGUAAAGUACUAGUUAUUGGAGCAGGAGGAUUAGGAUGUGAACUCCUGAAAAAUCUGGCACUAUCUGGUUUUAGACAGAUCCAUGUCAUUGAUAUGGAUACUAUAGAUGUUUCUAAUCUCAAUCGACAGUUUCUGUUUCGACCUAAGGAUGUCGGACGACCUAAAGCAGAAGUUGCCGCAGAAUUCCUUAAUAGCCGCAUUCCUAACUGUGCUGUUGUAGCAUACUUUAAAAAGAUUCAAGACAUGGAUGAAAGCUUCUAUCGACAAUUUCAUAUUAUUGUUUGUGGGCUGGACUCUAUAAUUGCAAGAAGAUGGAUAAAUGGCAUGCUGAUGUCAUUUUUACAUUAUGAAGAUGGUGUCCUGGAUCCAAGUUCCAUCAUACCUUUAAUAGAUGGAGGGACAGAAGGUUUUAAAGGAAAUGCUCGUGUGAUUAUUCCUGGUAUGACAGCAUGUGUUGAAUGCACACUAGAACUCUAUCCUCCUCAGGUCAAUUUUCCCAUGUGUACUAUUGCAUCUAUGCCCAGACUACCAGAGCAUUGUAUUGAGUAUGUCAGGAUAUUGCAGUGGCCAAAGGAGCAGCCUUUUGGAGAAGAUGUUCCUUUGGAUGGGGAUGACCCUGAACAUAUACAGUGGAUUUAUCAGAAGUCCUUAGAAAGAGCAUCGCAAUUUAAUAUUAAAGGUGUUACUUACAGACUCACCCAAGGUGUUGUUAAACGAAUUAUUCCAGCAGUAGCUUCUACAAACGCAGUAAUUGCAGCUGUCUGCGCCACUGAAGUUUUUAAAAUAGCCACAAGUGCAUACAUUCCUCUUAACAACUACUUGGUGUUCAAUGAUGUGGAUGGAUUAUACACAUACACAUUUGAAGCUGAAAGAAAGGAGAACUGUCCAGCCUGCAGCCAACUUCCCCAAAACAUAGAGAUUUCCCCAUCAGCUAAACUGCAGGAGAUCUUGGAUUACUUGACAAAUAAUGCUUCAUUGCAAAUGAAAUCUCCAGCAAUCACAGCAACCAUGUAUGGGGGGAAUAAAACACUUUACUUACAGACUGUAGCUUCAAUUGAAGAACGAACAAGGCCGAAUCUUUCCAAGACGCUGAAAGAAUUGGGGCUUGUGGAUGGCCAGGAACUUGCAGUUGCUGAUGUUACUACACCACAAACUAUGCUGUUCAAACUUCAUUUUACUACUUAAUUCACCCAUAAGUAAACUACUUAUACAGAGGAAUUUAUAUCCAACUUAUGAAACAAAUGUACAUUGUGGAUGUUAAAGUAACCUGAAAUGUUCAUGUUAGUGCUAGCAUUGUUGAAGGUUAGAUAAUCCAAAUGAAUCACCAUAUUUCAGAAUUGUAUUUAGAAGCCAAUAUUUGGUGGAUUGUAUUUGUAUAAAUGCUUAAUAAUGUACAGAACCCUGAUGUAUAGGAAUACAUUCUUUUUCCAGUUUUUGUUGUCAAAAUGUUAAUGCUUUCACACACACGAAAAUUUUAGGGUGGCCAAAAUACUUGUUUUAUUGUUGAAUUUGAACACAUGCAUGCACGUGAAGAGAUACCCUUCAAAAGGGACUACAGAAAUCUAGGUCUAAAUUUAAACACUCCUAGACAUUUGCUGAGUCACCUUACUGACCCCUUUUGGUUUUAGAUUAAAAUAAGCAUGUUUCCUCUAUUUGAUCAAUCUAUAAAAGGUGUUAAAUAUGGAAGAGAUCGCUUAGUUCACAAGCGAUCUUUACAAAAAGACAAACUUGAAAAUCCGGUCAUGUAUAUUUGCAAUCCACAAACGGCUGCUGCGCGUAGUAUUGCAGGAUUAUGUUCAGGUAUCACUGGUGCUGUUCCGAUAUUUAUUAAUAAAAACCAUAAAGAUA